AUGGGUGAAACAAACCAUGUUAGCAAAAGCAGCAGGUGGUGUUUGCAGGGGAUGACAGCACUCGUCACUGGUGGUUCCAAAGGAAUCGGAUAUGCUAUCGUGGAGGAGUUGGCACAAUUUGGGGCCAUUGUACACACUUGUGCUCGAAACGAAGCUGAACUCAGUGAAUCCUUAAACGAAUGGAGCAUAAAAGGAUACAGAGUGACCGGUUCGGUCUGUGACCUUGCGUCUCGUGUAGACAGAGAAGAGCUCAUAGCUAGAAUCUCCUCUCAGUUUAAUGGCAAACUCAACAUCCUUGUUAACAACGUGGGAACAAACAUUCAGAAACAGACCCUGGAUUUCACAGAGGAAGAUUUUUCAGCUCUGAUCAAAACGAAUCUUGAAUCUUGUUUCCACUUAAGCCAGCUUGCAUAUCCUCUCCUAAAAGCUGCAGAAGCUGCAAGUAUCAUUUUCAUAUCCUCAGUUGCUGGAAUGGUAGCUACAAAUUUAGCAUCCGUUGUAUAUGGUGCAACAAAAGGAGCAAUAAACCAAGUGACAAAAUAUUUGGCAUGCGAAUGGGCCAAAGACAAUAUAAGGACUAAUUGUGUUGCACCUGGGCCAAUUAGAACCCCUCUUGGUGACAAGCACUUUAAAGAGGAAAAAAUUCAUAAUGCUGUGACUGCACAAGCCCCUCUUGGACGGGUCGGAGAGGCAGAGGAGGUGUCUUCGUUGGUGGCAUUCCUCUGCUUGCCUGCAGCCUCUUACAUUACAGGACAGACCAUUUGUGUUGAUGGUGGCUUCUCUGUGAAUGGCCUCUAUAUAAACUAG